CUGAAGAUCACUUGUGUAUUUCUCAAAAUGAAGGCGAUGCUUGAAAAUAUAAUUUGCUUUUGCGUGGCAUUAUUGCCGUUGAUGACUCAAUGCAUCCAAAAUCAUGCUGCAACCAAAAGACUUUUGGAUAAAAUGGCCAUAAAAGGCACUAAUAUCAGCAAAAUAUUCCGACCAUCAGUAAAUGGAAGUCUUGGCCAGGGAAUGUCGGGUUUGACGUACAAAGGUACAUUGCUUACGAUCGACAAAGAAGUGGCAAUGAAAUUUAUAUCGGCUGAAUUUGAAAAUUAUGCCAAAAAUGAACAUCAAGCUUAUAAAACGUUGGGUGCUGUGAAUAAUACCGAAAAAGAGGUGUAUGGAAUUCCAACUCUAUAUCAUUUUGGUCGGUGGAAAAACUACUUUGUCCUUGCCAUCACAUUACUCGAUUCAGAAUUUGAACGUCGAUGGAAAAAUUGUGAAUUGACUACAAUGAAUAAGUUGAUUGUUUUCCGAGAAAUGGUACGGAUAACGAAAUAUAUUCACAGCCGUGGCAUCUGUCAUGGAGACACCCGUAUAGACAAUAUAAUGUUUCGACGGAAUCAAGGCUUCAUCAUUGAUUAUAAUUUGGCUAUCGAUGUAAAAAUGAACGCCAAAGUCGUUAUAACUUGUGCGAGCAGAGACUGGCGAAAAUUUCUCAGUGAUAUAGCUAAAACGGUUGAAAUCGAAAUUGAUUGGAGUAGCUUCAUAAACCCAGUUCAUAAAUUUGAUCAAAUCACACAUGAAGGUUUGAAAAGAGUUUUUCGUGCAUUUACAGCGACAAUAUACGAAGAUCGAAUACUUGAAUACAAUAAAGUAUACGGAGUUAUACAGGAAGAAAUUGAUCGCUUGAAAAAGCAUGUGGUACCUAUAGUUUCAUGGAUGCAACAUGAACUAGUUGAGGAGAAGUUUUCCAAUUUGUCACUCGAUGAAGUACCAUCCAUUGAGUCGAUUAAAUUUUUCAAUUAUAGCGUAUGAUUCUGAGGAUAACGAAAAUAUCAAUGUAAAUUUAACUUCGACAGUGUCCUUUAGAAAUUAGCAAAAAUAAAUGAACCAGAAAACAUAUUGUUCAAAUGUCUGUUUGAUAAAACA